UGCUCCUCGCGCUUUGUCCGUUUCAGUAUCAACGCAGACACGCGAAGAAGUGGAAGUACGCGGUCCGUCGUCGUGCGCGCUUCAUCGUGUGGUGUAAAUUCCCCGCAAACCCGUCGUCUCCUAAAGUACCGAACGAAAAUUCGCGAAUUAUUUUGUCUUGUUAACUUUGUUUUACCAUCGAAGAGAGGUGUGUUUCAUCUUCUUCUUCUUCUUCUUGUUGUUACUUAUUGUUGAUCGUUGUUGGUGCUACUUUUAUUAUUGUUGUUGCUUUAGAGGUGAAAAAAAUUGCACUAGUACACAGAAGUGCGAGUCAAUUUCGUGUUUCGAAGAGUUUACGGCGCCGGGGUGCUGCUCGUUGGUGUGUUCUACACGCGCCCCCUCCGAGAAAGAAGAAAUCAGUCAAGUCGGCCGUCGAAAUAAGCGAAAAAUUAAGUGAGUUUCGCUUCGUGCCUUUUUCCUGCUUCUUCUGCUCGAGUGAGAGCCAAAUUCCUGCUACUGCAGUGUGACGACGAAGUCGACUUGAGCGCUUAGUCGUCGUCAUUAUUCACAUUUUACCCCACGAAGUUGUGGCGCUGCGCCACAUAGUCGUUUCCCGCAGAAUAAUAAAAAAAAAAGGUGGAGAGGAAAUCGUUAUCCGAUUUGAUAAAAGAAAAAGAAGAAAAAGUGGCAAAAGUAGAAGAAACGUCAGAUGCCAAAAAUUGUUGUUUAGUGUUUAUUGAUUGCAUAUUUUGGGCUCGUUAAGGGUGUGUGUAUGUGUGUGCAAUAUUUAGAGCAAUAAUUGUUGACAGAGCAGCGGCAUUUGAGCAAUCCACAAGGCGAAAGCGAAAGCGAAGUGCAAGUUGUGUCAUCCGCACACGAGGCGUCGACAUAGUUUCAGUUUUGAAUUCUGUGUUCAUCGAGGAAUCCCAUCGUCGCCGUCACCGUCACCUAAAUUGGAUCGUCGUCGUUGACUCGGCGCUCAGCAAACGGUCAAAAAUACGGAGAUAGCGUCCGUCAAGAUUCGGGCACAAUGAAGCAGAUCAAUCUGGAGGACACUCCAUUGACGAUGGCAGCGAUCGUGCGUCGUCGGGCAGAGGCCAUCAAGCACAACAGCGAGUGCGAAACGGACGACCAGCGACACAAUCAAACGUUUCCGCCACUCGGUACGGGUACCAUCGCGGCAUCGGACUCGGGCGUGUUCAUGUCUACCUCGGAUAUCGAUCGGACGCACAGUGCUAGCACUAGCACGCAGCACCUGAGUGCCGUGGAGGAAUACACGGAAGGUCAGGCUGCACCGACCAAGUCCAGUUACGUAAUCGGUGAACAGGAUGAAGGCGAAGACGACGGCGAGGAGGAGUUGGAGGAAGAGGAGGAGGAAGAGGAUGUCAUCGAACUGGAUCAAUCACACGAGAGCAAGACUGAUAGCAAAAUGAGCAAACGAACUUGCCAGAGUCUACCGGAUGUGAACAAUCCUCGGCCAAAUGCUUUGAAAGCUAUAGAAACCACCUGUGAUAGUAGUAGUGAUAUACUAGUAGCACCUAAGAAGGAUGAGAUUGAGCUACGGUGUACGACGGAAGCUGCUGCACCGUGCGAUACGGGAGGCCUGGCAGGUAACCAGGCUACGGCACCGGUCGGUCCGGUUUCCGGGUCUCAGCGGAAAACCGUCGAUCCAAGCCUGCUCCAAGCGUUCUCCAUCGAUCCGAAGAUGAUCAACAAGUUUGACGGACUGGAGCAUACGUUGUACUACAUCGACGAGAACGGUAGCCCGAAGCUGCGGGAUAAGUUCUCCGUUCAACAGCAGCUAGCGGACGAGAAGAAACGCCGCAAGAAGGCGAAAAAGCUGGAAAAGUACAGUUCGGACGGCGAAGACGACACGGCCCAGUGUACCUGCUUUAGCUUUAGUAGGCUGUCAAAAAAGUUCCGGGAUAUAUGUAAAGAUGGUUCCAAAGUGACAACGGUUGUGGCAACAGCCGGCCAAGGACCAGACAGACCACAGGAAGUAUCAUACACAGAUACGAAGGUGAUCGGCAAUGGAAGCUUCGGCGUUGUCUUCCAGGCGACGCUCUGUGAUACGGGCGAGCUAGUCGCAAUCAAGAAGGUGUUACAGGACAAAAGAUUUAAGAACCGAGAGCUACAGAUAAUGCGACGGCUAGAACACUGUAAUAUUGUUAAACUAAAAUAUUUCUUCUACUCCAGUGGUGAUAAGCGCGAAGAUUUCCCCAUCGAGAUGGGCAUUUUCAGCAGUGCAUUGCAAUCACAGAAAGACGAAGUUUAUCUCAACCUAGUGCUCGAAUAUAUUCCAGAAACCGUUUACAAAGUGGCUCGUUAUUAUGCUAAAAACAAACAAACGAUACCAAUCAAUUUUAUCAGGCUCUAUAUGUACCAGCUGUUCAGAAGUCUCGCUUACAUCCACUCGCUCGGUAUUUGUCAUCGUGACAUCAAACCCCAGAACCUGCUGCUGGAUCCGGAAACGGCCGUGCUGAAGCUCUGCGACUUUGGCAGCGCCAAGCAGCUGCUGCAUGGAGAACCGAAUGUGUCGUACAUCUGCUCACGAUACUACCGGGCACCGGAGUUGAUAUUUGGCGCCAUAAACUAUACCACGAAAAUCGACGUCUGGAGCGCGGGAUGCGUACUGGCCGAACUGCUACUGGGACAACCCAUCUUCCCCGGCGACUCCGGCGUCGACCAGUUGGUAGAAAUCAUCAAAGUCCUCGGAACACCAACCCGGGAACAGAUCAAGGAAAUGAACCCCAACUAUACGGAAUUCAAAUUCCCCCAGAUCAAGAGUCAUCCAUGGCAGAAGGUAUUCCGAGCACGUACUCCACCAGAUGCGAUCGCCCUGGUGUCCCGGUUGCUAGAGUACACCCCGGGUACAAGGAUCACCCCGAUCCAGGCAUGUGCGCACCCAUUCUUCAACGAGCUGCGAGAGGGCAACAAGACACUACCGAACGGUCGCGAAUUUCCUCCGUUGUUCAACUUCACCGAACAAGAGCUAGCGAUUCAACCGAGCCUGAACCUGAUACUGAGGCCACGAAACCCGAACGACGCGAAAGCGGGCCAAUCGUCCAGCUCGACGGACGGCGGCAACAGUGGCAGCGGUGGCAACGGUGCCGGCGCCAACAGCAGCACAGGCUCCGUCGGCGGUAGCAACAGCAGCAACAACAACAGCGGCGGAGGCAGUAGCAAUAGUGGCGCCGGGCCCGACGGCACUCAGGUGCAGGGCGGCGGUGCCAGUGGCAGCAGCCAGGGAGCGGGGGCUGGGGCGCAAUCCGUCGGCGGUGUGGAGGAUAUUACGUCAUCACAGUCCGUACCCGGCGUCGACAGUAGUUCCAGUCAAGGAGCUAUAGCGUCAGCGGCAACUUCUACGAUGGGUUAGCUUUAAUUCUUACACAUAAAAUAUUAUAUUAUAUAUAUUUUUUUUUAAUUUUAAAAAUAUUAAUUUAAUGCGAGGAUGGAAAUAAAAAAAAAAUAGAAGAAAACCAACAAGAGAUGAAAAUACGGCAAAAUCGUAAAGCAUAAGUUUAAUAAAAUUGCUAGCAAGGUUAAACACAAAAUUCAAAAACAGAAUUACACAUAAAUUACACAUAGAAGAAUUACUAAUAUAAAAGAAAAAAACAGAAAACAAAUAACACUAAUAGACGACUACCUUGCGCAUAGCCGGAAUACGCGCGAGGUCCUAACCAAGUAAAUCACAAACUUACCUUAAAAGAGAGAAACAUUCAGAGACCGAUAAAAAUUAACACACAAAAAAAUAUUUCAAACCAAUAUUAUUCUAACUUAAAAAUUAACAAACACAGACACACACCCACACUCUCACACACCAAUCUAUCUAGAGGAUCAAAAGUCAGUCACAGCAAAAAAAAACACACACACACACACAUAGACUUAUACGUUCUGAAUGAGAAGAAAGCAGAAGAAGAAAAAAAAAGUAGUUUCAAUUUGCUAGUUAUAGUUAUUAAAACAAAAGCAAGUUCCGUUUUUCGUUCUCUUGUGACUGUUGUGCAAACUAAGGAAGAAAAAAAAAAGAAAAAUAUUAAUUAUAAUCCUAAGCCGAGAGAAAUCGUGAAAAGUAACAAACCGACCGUGCACGGAUGCGGAAAGCGUUACAAAUGUGUGAGCUAAGUAAACAAACAAAACAAAAACAAGUCGUCGCGCGGAAGUCUUCUAUUUGGCGAAGGCGGUUCCCGCGUGUGUGUUUUUCUCGUUUUUAGUAGACCUCUUUUAUUGGUUCUUCGUUCGUUCUUACCUUGUUUUUCUGUAUUUUACGUUUUUCUUUUCUGUGUCGUUUUUUUGUCCGCAGCCGUAUAUACAGCCCCAGCAUGUAUCCUGCUGGGGUGUCCAGUUUCUUCUUUCAUUUGAAAAGGUAUAUUUGAGGAAGUGGAAAGUGUAUAAUGUUUAAUAUAAAUAUAUAAAUCACGGGAGGAAAAAUCAAAGUGUUACGCCUCCCGAAAUUAUACAAAAAGCAUAACAUAUGCGUUAGAAGAAGUUGCUCGCGAAACGCGUGCGAUUUUUUUUUAGAGAAGAAAAACAUUGUGUACGUGCAUCGAUUUCUAUUAUUUCAAUGAAUAAAGUGAAACGAGAAACUGGUGAAAGCGAGGCGAGCGUUGUACGUAUAUUACUUGUGUAGUAGUGUGGAAAAUUUGUUUAUAUUACUAUUAACGAAGUGAAGGAAAAUUUAGCUACUAAAGGACACACUCACACUCAAGAAUAAAGAAUGAAAGAAAAAUACACAAGUACCACUAUAAUUACAAAUAGCGAGAGCAGUCUUGAGAGAGAGAGAGAGAGAACGCGCAUUGUAAAAUUAUAAGACAACAACCAACAACCAAGAGAAAACAGAAAAAAAUACCAUGAAAAAUACAAAACAGCAUUAUUCAAACUUCUUCUAAUCUUUGAAAAUUUGAAAAAUGAAACAUAAAGAAACAACACACACACACACACAUACACGCAGAAGAAAAGAAAACAAGGUCUCUCCAAUCAGCCGUGUCUGCUAGAGAAUGAACAGUAAACAGAAAAUAACCUACGCAAGAGAGCAUCAUUAUAAUAAUCAAACAAUAAAUUAUUUUAAAUAAAAGGAAAUACAGAGAAAUCAAUGAAGAAAAAAAAAACAAAUGGAAGAAACUUGUUUUUUGUAGCAUAAAGAAAGUAUAUAUAUUAAUGCAUAAGUAAUUUAAAUUUGAAUCUAAAAGAAAUGCAGAGAAAAAUCACAAAAAAAAACAAUACGAGAUGGAAAAGGUAGAUCUUCAUUGAUUAUUUAAAAAAAAAAAACGGUGAGAAAGAGAAACGAACGCGUAUGCGUUUGCGAAACUUGUGGUAAUAAAAAAAAGAAAACUAGCCGAAAGUUGUAAUUAGAAUAAACAGAAGAAAAAAAAACACCCAAUUGGAAAAUAUCGUUGUCGCUAUUAAGCAAGUAAAAAGUAAAGCAGAAUAAAAAAACACACACACACGAAAAAAGUUAGGUGAGAAAUUCGUGGCAAGUAAUAUUUAACUACAACAAAAUGAAGAAAAAAACAACACACAGACACACAUAGUAACUGCUACAAUUUUUAGCUAUUAGAUAUUUUAAUCAGCUAGAAAAAAAGUAAAUAAAGGAAAAAAUGUUAAGAGA